CUGUCUUGCUAUUUUAUGUUUUUACUUCCGUGAUGCUUCUUAUCUUGGCCAUGCAUGUCUUGCGCUCAAUGCACCAAAUCUGUACCAGUGCUAACCAAGUAGAUUUACCAUUGUAUAUGCUAGACCAGAUAAGGAAGGGAGGACAUCAACUGAAAGAUUUAAACCUUUUAGUUGGGAUUAUGUGAACUUUCUUAUAUGUAAAUAUUUUGGCUUGCCCAAAAUGUUCCAUGCUUUAUCUUCUCUCCUUAUAAGGUGUUUUUACAGGAGGAACAUGAACAACUUUAAAACCUGAAGAAGGAAAGCCGCUGAAACCUGAAGGAUUUGUCAGGUUGUUAGCAGGUUUGGUUGUUGACCCAUUUUGGCUUGUUGGAAGUCCAUGUUCCAACCUCAGCAGCGGGCUCAUGUUUCUUGGAAUGUGUGAAAUGGGAUGACUGGCUGUAGCAUACCUAACUCACUUCACAAGGUAGUGUGUGGAUCUCCUCUGUGUUGGCAGUUCGUAGCAGCUUGUUUGCACUGUUUCUAUUUGUGACCUCUAUCCAUGGUCUGCUGUGUCAUCUUAUCAAUGUGGAUACAUCUUGCUCGGAGAUUUUUUUUCUCUGUUUUUGAGUUUCUGUAGAGCGUACGGUCGGAGCCAUGUUGUCGUGGGGUUUUCCGACACCAAGGCUUCUUGAAGACUUGCUGAAAGUUCUUUCUUGUUUCUCCUGCAGGUGCAUGCACAACUCAAGGAAUUCUAGGUUCCUCAGUUGUCAGAGUCAGCAAGCAUAGUACCCGGGACAAGUUUAUGGUUGAUGCUAUAAAGCAUCUCUGCUUAUAUUAGUAUUCUUCCUUACUGUGUUGAUACUGUAGGCUAAAGUGCUGUUGUUGAGUGAAUGCUGUCAGUGCUUGAGUGAUUGUGUUUGGUUCCAAGAAACAUGAAGCUGAAGCUUGCAGGUCCUCCCUUCCACAGGAUUGUUAGUAGUGGGCAGUCAGCCUGCAUGAACCUGCCAUGUUAACAGGGCUUUUUUGUUUCUCUUUCUUCUUUUUCUCUUGUUUGUUGCCACAAAGAUCAGAUGGUAGAACGAACGCGAGGUUUGACGUAUGACGUUGGGUGACGCCCGCCAAUGCGGCGAACAGCGGGCAACACAACAGCUCCAAUCCACCGCCAUGCCACUCCACAUCUUAGGAGAUGGUGAGGGAAAAGGAAAGGCCCCUGGGCUACCACCACUGACCAAAGACCAACAAGAGGCAGUGACAAAGGCAAAGAAAUAUGCUAUGGAGCAGAGUAUCAAAAGUGUGCUGGUCAAGCAGACCAUUGCACAUCAGCAGCAGCAAAUGACCAACUUACAGAUCGCAGCCCAGAGACAAAGAGCCCUGGCCCUCAUGUGCAGAAUCUAUGUUGGAUCCAUCUACUACGAGUUGCGGGAGGAUACUCUGAAGCAGGCCUUUAGUCCGUUUGGUCCCAUCAAGAACAUCGACCUGUCGUGGGACCCCCUGACCAUGAAACACAAGGGCUACGCUUUUAUUGAGUACGAGAUCCCUGAAGCUGCCCAGCUGGCUCUGGAGCAGAUGAACGGGGUCAUGUUAGGUGGCAGAAAUAUCAAGGUUGGUCGCCCUAGCAACAUGGCGUCGGCUCAGCCAAUAGUAGAUCAGCUUGUAGAGGAGGCCAAGCAUUACAACCGCAUAUACGUUUCCUCAGUGCACCCCGACCUUGCGGCUGAUGACAUAAAGAGUGUGUUUGAGGCAUUUGGGAAGAUUAAAUCUUGUGAGCUGGCACCAGAUGCAGUCACUGGAAAACACAAAGGUUAUGGGUUUCUAGAGUAUGAAAAGCCACAGUCUGCACAGGACGCCAUUGCAUCAAUGAACCUAUUUGACCUGGGAGGGCAGUACCUUAGAGUAGGAAAGGCUGUCACACCUCCCAAACAUGCGCUGAAUCCACAGUUACAGAUCUCGUCCCCAGCCGGCCCAGGUGGGCUCCCACCAGCAGCUGCCGUUGCUGCUGCAGCCGCUACUGCCAAAAUUACCGCCCUGGAAGCUGUGGCCAGUACGGCAGCUGUCGUAUCAGGCGUACAGCCAGGGGUGAGUACCAUCAGCUCGACGUCACAGCUUCUCUCCCAGUCGAUGCCAGGUCAGCCUGGCCUGUCCAUUCCUGCGCCAGGGUUAGUGCAACUCCCUCAACCUGUCAUGGCAUCAUCUGCACCAGGCCUCAUUACAGGUGUUACCCCCAUGAAGCCAGCUGUAUCAGCCACAGCCACGGCAGGACCAGCUAACGAGGAGCAGAGAAAAAAGGUUGAAGAUGACCUGCCACAGACCCUGGGUCAGCAGGAGAACCUCUCCAUCUCAGGCAGCAAUGCCCGCCACAUGGUCAUGCAGAAGCUUCUCAGAAAAUCAGAAUCUAAUGUGAUGAUCCUAAGAAACAUGGUUGGGAUUGAGGACCUGGAUGAUGAGCUGGAGGGGGAAGUGACAGACGAGUGUGGCAAGUAUGGCCAAGUCAACAGGGUCAUCAUCUACCAGGAGAGACAAGGCGAGGAGGAAAAUGCAGAUGUCAUUGUCAAAAUAUUUGUGGAGUUCUCUGAAUCUUUCGAGGCAGAACGAGGUGUCCAAGCCCUGAAUGGCCGGUGGUUUGGUGGCAGAAAAGUCUCAGCAGAGUUGUAUGAUCAAUUGAAGUUUGAUUCACAGGAUCUGUCAGGGUAGCUAUGAGCACAUCAUGGACAAAUACAAUAGAUAUCGGUGAAAGGCACUAUCAACAUUAUCUCAAAGCCAUUGAGAAUAGGCUAACAUAUCCCAAUAUUUCUGGUUGUUACUCCGAUCACGUAGAGGUUUUGAAUUUUACUUGUCUCAGUCUUUGACCAAGUGUGCAAUUAACGAGGACUCCCACAAAACAUAUAAACAUAUACUAUGCAUAUAUACUCUUGCCAGUGGCUGCUGUCGAGCCGACGGUGAAUCGUACAUCUGUAUAUCAUGUAACUUACAGCUGGCAACUCUCCACAGUAACCGAGAGGCCUAGGU